UGAAGGUUGGUUUUAUUUUUUAUUUACUUAUUUUAUUUAUUUUUUCAAUUUUUUUGUGGUUGAAUUUUCAAACUCAAACCGCUGGCAGAGGCGGGAAGCACGCGCGGCUCUCGUCCAAUCAGCGCGUGGAGCGCCGGGGCAGAAGGGCGGGGCCUGGAGUGUGUGUGUCCAAGAUGGCGGCGGAGGGUUCAACACAGAGCGCAUCUGGACCCGGAGCGGCGCUUUUUACACCUGGACGGAUUUAUUAACCCGACCCAAAGGACCGGACACACCUGAAGAACCCGACAGAACCGCGCCGAGGCCGGGAUGCGACACCAUGAACUCCCGCUGCUGAGAAAACCCAAAGAAAAACAAGAUGGAUCCGGCGGGGUCCGAGCGGCUCCGAGGCCCGCUGCCCGGCUCCGACACUCCCCCCGCGGCCACCGAGCCCCAGCGCCCCGGUCCCAGCCCCGGAGAGUCCCGCUCCAGGCCCGGCUCCAGGCCCGGCUCCAGGCCCGGCUCCAGGUCCGGGGGACAGCGGCACCGACGCAGGACUGACCCCGGGGGCAGCGGCAGCAGAGAGGGCAGACGCGCCAGCAGCGGCCGCGGAGGAGGAGAGUUUUUGUGUCCGGUGUUAAAAGUGUGCGACGGUCUGAGGCUCAGGUCGGAGGAGAGGGAGGAGACGCGCAGGAGGAGUGAACAAAAGGGCGUUCUGUCCGACUCGGAGAACGAGGAACCCAUCACCAGAAGAAUCAGAAACAUCUCAGCGUUUAUCAGGAAAACCUCCACCGCCCUGUCCAGUGGGGGUCAGAGGAGUCGUUCUUGUUCGGAGCCUGUGGAGGAACGCGGAAAACUCAAGGUGCUCCUGCAGCCGCCGCUCACCGACCCUACAUGUGCGUGUCACAGUGUGACUGCAGGGAUCCUUCUUUCGUCUGAAAACAGUCGUUCUGUGUCGGUGCCGAUCGUUCCUCCUCAGCGCCGUUUGGCCUGGAGCGCCGUGGUCCCUGCCGUGGUCCCUGCCGUGGUCCCUGCCGCGGUCCCUGCCAUGGCGGUGUCGUCGGUGUCGUCGGGGGCGGGUCCUCCGGGUCAGUGGGAGGGCGGCGCUCGGGCGUCUCCGGGUCGGUCGGAGCGCUCGGCGAGUCCCGACAGUAACGACAGCAUCUCAGAGGAGUUGAAUCAUUUUAAACCCAUCGUGUGUUCUCCGUGUACUCCCCCCAAACGCCUGAGCGACGGACGCCUGCUCCACCCACGCAUCAUCAAGGCCACGCCCAGGAACCUGCGCCAGAUCGGGACCGCCGCACAGGGGGCGUGGCCUCAGACGAGCGCUGUGGUGAUGCAGAAGUGGCGUCAGAUCGAGUUGGACCGACAGAAGGUUUCUGCGGCGAUGGAGGGACGCUGCCCCGUCUCCGUGGCGACGCUCACCAGCCCCGUCAACGACUCCAACAACAACAACGCCAACGCCGCGUCCAGAAACAGACGCACACUACUGAUCCACGCACACGAACAAGUCCCACUCAGAGUCCCCCCCACCAAAGUCCCCCCCGUCCUCCCCCAGGACCAGAGUCUAGGGCUCAGGUUCAAGUCGUGUUCGAAGAGGAAGCUGAAACUGAAUCCCAAACGUCGCGAGUCGAAGCGUCUGCGCGCGGACGCUAACCCCGCGGCUAACUGCCCUGACGCUAACACCUAUGGGAAACGCAGUGUAAAGGCUAGUGCUAGUGUUAGCGCGCAGGAGCGGGCCGACAGAGCUUUAGCGCUGCAGCUCCAGAGACACUUCGACGGAGUUUCAGACCCGUACUUCCUCCGAUCGACCAAUCAGAGCGCCGCCGCAGAAAGGGGGCGGGGCCUGAGGAACGCCUGGACCAAUCAGAGCGCCGCCUCAGAAAGGGGGCGGGGCCUUAGGAGCUCGCGGCGUCUCCAACGACACAAAGACUGAAGCUCCGUCCCCCAGAAACACGCCCAACAGUGAGUGCUCAAGAAUCCCACUCAGGACCAGGUCUAAACCAGGACUGUAGUAAAAGUGAACGUUUCUGUGGUUCUGUUUGAUCCAGAGGAGAAAAAAACUAAUUGAACUUUACUUUGAUCAAAGUCCUAAACUGAAGAUCUCCCAGGACCACUGUUUGGGAAACACUGCAGUACCAGUACUGCACGGAGUACUUGUAGUACUUGUACUUGUAGUGCAGUAUUGUUGGGGAGGACUCGAGCACUUCGGCUUCUGCGACUCGCCCAACAGGAAGUGACACUUUAAUUUAAAGACUAAAAUAUGCAAAUGAGAUGGUCACAUGACCUGCAGCAGCCAAUAGAAACCAGCGAUUACAGACAUUCCACAGAGUCUUCCAGAGAAUCAUGGGAAAUGAAGUAUUUACACAUGUACGCUUUAAUUUAAUAAACAAACUGUCUUUGA